AUGCACGCUCCAAUUCCUACGAAUGAUCUCUACCUGGCUCAGGCCCGGGCCAGUACCGACAGUAAGCAUUGUAUGGAGCUCUACGACAAAUGGGCUGCCACCUACAAUGCCGAGGUUGGCGAUGAAGCCCAGAACUAUGUUGCUCCUGUCCUCGUCGCUCAAGCUGCUAUGAAGUUUUCAUCAAAUGGUGCUUCCAACAGUGUAAUUCUUGAUGCUGGCUGUGGAACCGGACUGGUGGGAGAAGCUCUUGCAAUCGCCAAUGCGAAGACAAUUGACGGCAUUGACUUGUCUCCUGCCAUGCUGGAGAUUGCCAGACAGACAGGUGUCUACCGUGACCUAACACAAGCUGACAUGAACCGACCAAUCGACAAGCCAGACGGAACAUAUGACAUCGUGUCAUGCGUUGGCACGUUCACUCAAGGACAUGUUGGACCGGACCCUGCCUUGAGGGAACUUGUUCGAGUUACCAAGACCAAUGGUAUUGUCAUUGCAACAAUUCUUGAUGAGAUCUGGGUAUCUGGAGGGUUCAAGGCGGAGGUCGAGAAGCUGAAAGAAGAAGGUCUGGUGAAUGUGGUCACCGAUGAGCUCAUAGACUAUGUAAAGGGACACGGCGACAAAGCAGUGCUGGCUAUCCUAGAAAAGAACCCUCGCGCCUGA